AUGACGCGGCCCCUUUGCGACUACUUCAUCGCGUCGAGCCACAACACGUACCUCGAGGGCGACCAGCUCGCGUCCGAGUCGUCGGUAAAACGCUACAUCGACGACCUCUGCGACGGCUGCCGCUGCGUGGAGCUCGACUCCUGGGACGGCGACGACGGCGAGCCCGUCAUCUUCCACGGCCACACGCUCACGUCGAAAAUUCCGCUCCGGUCCGUCGUCGUCGCGAUCAAGAAGUGGGCCUUCUACGCGUCGCCCUAUCCCGUCAUCCUGUCGCUCGAGAACCACUGCUCCGCGGCGCAGUGCGACGUCAUGGCCGCCAUCUUCGCCGAGACGCUG